UUUUGGAAUAUACAAACGAUGAGUAUCUAAACACGAGUUGUUUAAGUAUACCCUAAACGUCGAACGAGUGAAAGAUUCCGAAUUAUAAUACUGAUAAAGGAUAUCAACGUCAAAUCAUACAAAAUUUGCUGUGAGAAAAAGCAACUGUUCUUGUGUUCCUCACCUUCAGUCUCAUGUCACUAUAAGUCUAUAACACUAUUACCGUGGGAAGAUGAAACAAAAAGGAAAUGUUUGAUUGAAGAAAGGUAUUAUGGGAUAAAAAAGAAGCAGAAGAAUUUUGUAAAUGUUUGAAGAAAGAGCUGCUAAAAUGAAAUCUUGGGUGCCAUUUUUACCUGAUGAUUUGUUUUUUAACGUCUUUCUUUUCCUUCCAAUCAAAUCCCUUUUGAAAUUUACUUGUGUGUGCAAGACAUGGUAUAAGAUGAUACAUUGUGCUGAGUUUGUUGAGUCUUACAAUGCUCAUGCUGAAAUCACCCCAAUCUUAUUUAAAAUAGUUGUUAAUGAAAGACCCAACACUUUCCAUGUCGAAACCCAACUCGAACUAUCCAAAAAUUUCUGUUUCUUCCCAUCUAGCUCGGGUUUUGAACGAAAGAAGUUCAUCCAUUUCUUGGAGAUCGAAAAUGAAAAAGCGAAGAUUAUUGACCUCAAUAUUAGUUUUUCUGGCUCAGUUGUAGCCACUUGCAAUGGAUUGAUUUUGAUCACCUCUAUGUAUGGAGUUCAGAAGCAUUGGAGUCACUUAUUGCAGGAGCCUUUGUUUGGCAGUCGAGAUAAACCAGGGCAAUUAAUCGUUAUGAAUCCUAUGACUAGGAAAUUAAUCGGGUUUCCUCUUGGAACUCUUCCUCACGGAUUGGGACGUUCCAAAGAGUCUUAUGGAUUUGUAUAUAGCCAUUCAAAGGGUGUUUAUAAAGUGGUGCACUUGUUCAAGGAUAAGUCUGGAUUUAUUGCUUGUGAGAUAUUGAGCUUACAGACAAGAUCAUGGAAAGCAGUUGAUGGACCAUCUGGAGUAGUUUUGAGUAAUUUAGACCAUGCACCGAUUUCAGCAAUUGGAGCUUUGCACUGGCUUCCUUGUUCUGAUACUAAUUACAUAAUCUCUAUGGGGGUUGAUGAUGAAAGAUUCACCAUCAUUGACCUUCCAUUGAAUAUGUGCAUUCACGACAGGCUAAUCGAAAUGGGUGGUUACCUGAGCUUUGUGAAGAGUUUGAACAUGAAUCACAUAGAGGUUUGGGUCUUGAAGGAGUUAGAAGGAACAGAAUGGGUCAAACAGCACACUAUUCGCGUAGAUGCUAUAUUGGGUUAUGCAGAUAUUGAGGAGUAUUCAGUUCCUUCUUUUGCUCUGAAUGCCAAAGUAUUGGUGUUUAAGAGAAAAGAGAAACUAUUUUCAUAUGACUUUGAGCUUGAAGAAAUCAGAGAGAUCGAAAUGGAGCACGGAAGCAUUACAGCAUAUGAGACUAUCAUGCCUCAUUCCUGUAACCUUGCUACCUGGGAACCUCUUGAACAUAUGAGUUGAACUUGGAAAAGUUUUUGCACCGUGCCUUGAAGCUCUUGACAUCCUGAAGCUGCUCGAGAAUUGUUGAAUACGCAUCAUGCGAACAUAUUAUUAUUUUUCUUCAUGCAAUUGCUAACAUAAUAUUAUGACCGUGUUCAUAAUUUACAGCCACAAACAUGGUUGGAUAUCUUGAACUCUAUUACAAUUUGGAUCAGCUUAUGACUUGGUUGUAUGGGUUAUGUGGUCUGCAUACUGCUUGUUGGAAAUCUUGAAAUCUGUUACACUUAAGGAUCAGCUUAUGACUUGUUUGCAUGAUCAUGUGGUUUGCUUACAGUUAUGCAGACCCCGCACUGAUACUUUUGUAAAUUUGGAAGAAUUGCAGCUAGUCAAUGUCGUAUAGAUAUAGUAUUUGGUAACAGAAUUUGAUGAUCCAAAAUUGUAUGUAAUGGUUGCAUCCUUUA